UAACCAACAACGCGCAUGCUCCAACAAUGCGCAUGUCUGAACUCUCUAGACCGCAUAUUUAGGACAAGACACACAUCAUGGGGUGACGCAGUGCUUGAAAAAAUGAAAGGCGGAAGUUCUGAACGCUUGGUCGUGAGACCCUCGCGGCGCAGAGGAGAGACACGCGCCAAGCUCACCCGGUAUAUAACUGUAACGUUAGCAGCUUUAUUGGGUGGAGGCGGUUCCGCUUUGCUCUUUCUCGUUCCCCUGUACGCUGAUCCAGCACUAAGUGCUCUAGCCGCAGACUUCGACCCGGUGCCAGCCGAGUGUGUCACAGAGAGGCGCGACGACAGACUCGGGCUUGAUAACUGUACGUGGGCGUCUUGCAGAGAAGGCUGCACCAGUGACGCGUACAAAUGCAUACAGUUGCACGUCAAAUACAAAGCGUAUUCAGAGGAUUGGCGUCCGGCCGUAUUGUUCGUAAAUAUAAAGGGCUGUGGGUAUCCGCCGACAGUGGAUUGCGAGAAUUUUACGACUAGCUACGGAUAUGUCGGAGCCAAGUAUCCAUGCUACUGGUCAAGAGCUGACACGAGUGUAGUGGUGCCGCGGUGGUCACGAGGUGAACAAGUUGCGACAGUGACGAGGACCCUGGCGUUGCCUCUGUUUCUCUCUGGAUGUGCUGGGAUCGGACUGUGCGCUCUGCACUGCGAGUGUAGGCCACGUCGCAGGCGCCGCCCUCCGCGUCGUCCUCCUCGCUUGCCUACUUUGUCACCCGAUGACACUUCGGUCUACAGGCUAGCUUAGGCUCGCCGUAAGGUCCAAUAAAGCUGUAACUAUUUUAUUACAAAUUAAAAGUAUUUAAAUUUAUUUUGGAUGAGGACUAAUGUAAAUAAAAAAUGUAUAUAUUUAUGUUCA